GAGAAUCGAACUGGUAAAUUCGGAUAAAAACGAGUAGUAAGAUAUCGUAAAAUCUCCGAUUAUUCCGACUGCCUGCAAGAACGUGAGGAGUUAACUUAACCAUUCAACCCCAACUUGCGUCCCGAUUGAAAUGUUUUAAUCCCGGGGGAGAUUUAAUUUUCUCCUUCUCAAACAAUGAAGGCCGUUCGUAUGUUCAGCCGCCUAAUCUCGGCGAAUAUAAAACAAUCCACGAGGAAAUUUCACGGAUCACCAAUUGUAAGAGAUGGUGCCUAUGAAGGGGAUGGUAAAACUACACUCUCGAUCCUCAACAAGGACUUUGUAUAUGGACUUAUGAUAGAUUCAUAUAGUGAGUCUGGAUUCACAUUAAAUAAUGGCAUUCGAAUCUUAGGGCCUAUAGCAUUAUUCCCACGAUCUAUCUUGAAUUGGAGGGUUAGUGGAAUAGCUGAAAUAAAUGCAGAGUCGCUGUCUCUAUUUGCAGUGCUAGAACCUAGGCCGGACGUUUUGGUAAUUGGUAUCGGCAACUAUGAACGUACCACAGAAUUUAAUAAAUUUAUUCUGCGAUAUUCGAAAGAGUUUAACAUAAAUAUGGAAGUUGUUCCAACAAAUCAAGCAUGUGCAAUGUUUAACUUUCUGAAUGCAGAGGGAAGGUUUGUUGCUGCAGCUUUAUUACCACCUCACCAUAGUGAAUUGAUGCAUCAUGAAAAAAUGGAUCAUCCCGACGGUGUAAAAGUACUAGAAUCUUCUGUGAUUUAAAAGUGUACAGAAUUGUAUAGCUCUCGUAAUUAAUUUCUAGAAUAAAGCUAUUUAUUUCCUAGGUUCA